CAUUGCUCCAUUCUGACAGUCUCAGCCUGGAGAAGUCACUCUUGCAUUCUAACCAAAGCGUCUGGGAAGAGAAAAGCUAAAGCCAUGAGAGACACAUACGAUGUGAUAGUCAUUGGUGGAGGCAUUUCAGGCCUUUCAGCUGCUAAACUGCUAACAGAGGCAGGACUUAACGUGAUAGUGUUGGAGGCUCAGAACAGAGUUGGUGGGCGAACACACACUAUACGAAACAAAGAUGUUCAAUAUGUGGAUGUUGGAGGUGCUUAUGUGGGACCAACACAAAAUCGGCUAUUACGGAUGGCAAAAGAACUUGGUAUAGAGACGUAUAAAGUAUAUUUACAUGGUCACCUUCUUCAGCAUACAAAGGGUAAAUCAUACAAAUUUUUUGGAGCUUUUCCACCAGCAUAUAAUCCUCUGGUUUUCUUGGAUUAUAACAACUUCAUGAGAACUAUGGAUCAGUGGGGUAGUGAGAUUCCUGCAGAUGCACCAUGGAAAGCCCCUCAUGCUAAAGACUGGGACAAAAUGUCAAUGAGAGAAUUCAUAGAGAAGGUUUGCUGGACAAGUGCAGCAAGGCGGUUUGCAGAGUUAUUUGUGAAUUUGGUUGUAACUGCAGAGACGCAACAGAUUUCAGCAUUAUGGUUCCUCUGGUAUGUAAGGAUCUGUGGUGGAACUGGAAGGACCUUCUCAACUGACAAUGGUGGACAGGAGAGAAAGUUUGUAGGAGGAUCUGGGCAGAUAAGUGAAAAAAUGAUGGCACGUCUCCAGGAUAGAGUGAAGUUGGAGAGGCCGGUGAUCAGGCUUGAUCAGUCUGGUGAAGUUGUCAUUGUGGAGACAUUAAAUCAUGAAGUUUAUCAGAGCAAAUUCAUCAUCAGUGCGAUACCACCAAUACUGACCACAAAGAUACACUUUACUCCAGAGCUGCCACCAAUUAGAAACCAGCUAAUACAUCGUCUUCCAAUGGGAUCUGUUAUCAAGUGCAUGGUGUAUUACAAGGAAGCCUUUUGGAGGAAAAUGGGAUACUGUGGAUGUAUGAUGAUUGAAGAUGAAGAUACACCAAUAGGAUUCACGCUGGAUGACACUAAACCUGAUGGUUCUGCACCUGCUAUUAUAGGAUUCAUUUUGUCAAGAAAAGCAUCCUUGUUUGCAAAUCUUAGCAAGGAGGAAAGGAAAACAAAAAUAUGUCAAUACUAUGCCAAAGUCAUGGGAACUGAAGAGGCUUUGCAUCCUGUGCACUAUGAAGAAAAGGAUUGGUGUAAAGAACAAUACUCGGGUGGAUGCUACACAGCAUAUUUUCCUCCAGGAAUUAUGACUCAGUUUGGAAGUGUGAUUCGCAAACCUGUUGGAAGGCUUUACUUUGCUGGUACAGAGACAGCUACAGUAUGGAGUGGAUACAUGGAAGGUGCCAUAGAAGCUGGAGAGAGGGCAGCCAGAGAGGUCAUGUGCAAGAUGGGACGCAUAGGAGAGGACGAGAUAUGGGUACCAGAGCCAGAAUCUGUGGAUGUUCCGGCUCUGCCAAUCACAACAACAUUUUUGGAGAGAAAUUUGCCCUCUACUCAAGGUUUACUGAGAUUCCUUGGCCACACGUUUUUUUUUGCAACAGCAGCUGCUGGAAUUAUAGCCAUCAAAAAGGGUUACCUGAGGGUUAACUGCAAUUUUUCUUUUAGUCAAAGAUCUUGACUUAUAUGAAUAUUUAGUUACUAUGAUAUGUGAAUUUCAACUAAAGCUGGCAAAUAAGGAGACCCUCCAGUACUAGGCAUUAGUGAUUUUAGCACAGAGUCUUAGUGAUCUCAGGUUUAAAUACUGUAUUGUAAUAAUCAAGUCUUUGCUGAGAUCUUUUCUUUAUUCUGUUUCUGUGUUCUCAAUUUUUCAUGUGUUUGGUUUAAUGCAGUUGAAAUUGCAAAUCUGCAAUAAAAACAUAGUUGUCUCCUACACUGUAUGAAUGAAGUUUUAAUAAAAAUGUUGAAAAUA